UGAGCGAGGCCGGCGCUGCCCUCGGGUGCGGGCCCCUCGGCUGGAGGAUGGCAACGCAGCGUGCCCAGGAGAGCAUCUAUAACCUCCUGCCCCCCCUGGAGGAGAAGUCUGGCAAACCGCCCAGGUAUAUAUCCAAAUUUAGACCAUCCGUGAAACUUGAAGCAGAGAAAAAUAAAGCUCAGUGGAAAACUAUGGGACCAGCAAAAGUUGCACUGCCAUCUCCAAAAAAUUUUCUGCAGAAACAUUCAAAAGAACCCAAGCUACCAGAAAGAAAAAAAGAAGAGGAUAGUAAGAAAUUGCCUGCAUUAUCAGUGCCACGGAGGACAGAUCACCCCGUUAUGGGAAUUCACAGUAAAAAGAAUUUUAUAAAUGCAAACGCAGUUGCUGCUAUCACAGGGUUGCCUAAAAAGCCUCAACCUAUUUAUGUUGAUAAAAGACAGGGAGAUAAAUACCUGCUUGAAACUUCGGGACUUGUUCCAAAAUAUAUUAAAAAAAAGAGUUAUGGUGUUACACCGAAAUGUGUGAUACAGAGAAAUGAAGAAAUGAAGAGAGCUCAGAAAGAAUAUGAGGCCAGUAUCUUGGAGCAUCUCAAGAAAAAAGCCAUGAAACAGCUAUCUGAUGAAGAAAAGACAAGUAUUCUGCAGGGGCUGAAAAAGAACUGGGAGGAAGCGUAUCGUGAAUUUCAGAGUCUUCCAAUAAAAGUAGACACCAUACGCCAGAAGUUAUAUAAAGAAAAGCUGGAAUCACAGAUGAAACAACUGGAGCAUGACAUAGAAGUAAUUGAGAAGCACAAAUUUAUCUACAUUGCAAAGGAGUAAGGACUGUUUUUCAGCUAUUGCCUCUUUCCUCCUUUUUUUUUCUCUACUGCUACAUCUCCAAGAAGUGCCCCCCCCUAAAUUCUCAGAAGAAAUUGACAAGGCCAACUAUUCAGAAGAACAUAUUUAAGUAAUACAAUCAUAUAGCUUCUUAGAAAAGUUGUUACAUAUAGCUGUCAUUGUAUAAGUCACAUAAUGUUUUGAAAUAAAUUUCUGAAUUAAACUUUGAAUAUAAAAACAUUAAUUUAUUAUUCUUUGUAAUUUUUAUUAACUACUGAGACUUCUAUAAACGUCAUACAAAAAGCAUAAAAAAACCUGCUUCAUAUGUUUGGAUCAUUUCUUUCCAUGCAAAGCCAAAACAAAGUGAAACAAUUGGGUACUGAAGACAGCGUGGUAAAUAGAACUUCAGGGUGGGUUGGCUUCUGGACUAGUUAUUAAAGAGCUGUUGUGCUUAAAAGCUUGAGUGAUUGUAUUUCUAAACAGCUUGGCUUGUGCAUAACAUUUUGUGUACUCAUUUUUCAUUACCAAAACCAGUUUUUACAGUGGAAGCCCAUAGUAAUACAGACUUCACGCAAUACAAAUACCACAUGUAGCUUGCUGUGUGUGUUUAUGUAUAAUUAAUUAUGUAAUACUAUAGUAAAUCUACAACUGAAGUAGAAAAAUGUGUUUUGAUUGCCAUUAUGUGUAUGAUAUUAGCAUGAAAGCAAUAUAUUAACAUGCAAGUCAGGACCUAGGCAGAAAUUAUAUUCAGUAGACUAUAUUGCAAUCAUUUGCAUAAAAAGAAAAAAUGUUUUUCUUUCUUACUGCUUAACCUUUGCUUUAGAUCACAGCUUUUUCUGUAUGGUAUCAGUCAUUACCACCAGCAGCUGUUGUGACAUCACAGUAUCUGACAUCAGCAGAGGAUGAAGUAAAAAAGUUCAAAUGAACCAUUAAAAACCAAAUUUUCACGUACAUUAAACUUCUUUCAUAAAUUUGUCAGGGAAUGUCUUUGAAGACUUCACAGUGGUUCUAGGCUAUAUUUCUUGUGCAUCUUAAAUUUGUCUGUGACCUGCACUAGGAAAGCGUGGGUGAGCAGGAAUGUGUAUUUUGUUCUUUGUAACUUACUGUUCAGCAGUCAUGUUUAUUUUUGAAAGAUACAAGCCAGAAGAAAGCUGUGGUUUUGUAAAAUAUGUAUUUCAUUUACUGUUUACUUAAAAGAAUUACUUAUACUGUAUAUUUUAACAAAACCACACCAAUUAUAAGCACUUAAUAACACAUCACGUUAUCUCCUAGUGAAGUACAAGAUGCCUUUUUUAAGAAAUGCAAUAUAAUCAAACAUGGCUGUUUCCUGUGGCUUAAAAUAAAAAACUAGAUUUGACUCCAGAACAGCAUGCAUUCCCACUGCCUCACUCUCAGCUUUUAGUUCCCCAAAGACCAUUUGUCUGAGUUAGGUUGAGGAUCUGUUCUUCCAUUUAUCAUCAGUGCUAACUUUAUGGAAAUGUAAAGUAGGUGAUGGCCUAUCCCAAAAUUUGGGGCAAGCAGCUAGGCCAUGCUUGGACACAUUAAUCAUUCACCAGCAAUAAUGACUGGUUUUUCAAAAUUGUCAGAUGGCUCUUAGUAUAUUAUUGGGAAGUUAGGAAGUGAAUGGGAAGGCAUGAAAAAAGUAUUCCUGCUUAGCAGGAGAGGGAGAGACUAAAGCCACCGUGCUUCUGUAGCUGAGUGGGCUCUCACUAGCAUCUUUCACAGUACUGUGGGGUUUUUUUGCAUAAACCUCACAUAGCGCUUUGCAGGUAGCUCUGCUGCCACACGAGAUGUUCCCCUCUCGAUACACGUGAAUAGCUUCUGUCACCCUGUGGAGAUAUUACAGUUCCUUCCAUCUAUUUUGAUAUGUAUUCCAUGCAAACUACCAACAAUUCUGAUUAUGGAAAAUCAUAAUGAUACUAUUGAAAACACACAGAGAAGGGUAACAUUCUUACCCUUUAACUCUCUCUGGGAACUUUGACAAAGUAGAUUCACAGAAUCCAAAGCAUGUAACUGUAUUUGUAUGUUCAUGGAACGCCAAUAAUUGAAGGCGUAAUGUUCACGAAUCAACUAAUAUGUACCAUCAGUAUAACUAAAGCAAAAAGGUGAGUAAACACAAUUGUUCUGAUAGAAUUGUUCCUUCAUAAAAGGUUUUAAAUAUUAACAGAAAUAAGUCUGUCCAUAGGCUUAAAAGUAGCAUUACUAGUUGAAACAUUCUGAGAAUUCACUAUUCAAUUACUGGUAGUCAAUGAAAUGAUGAGAAAGAAAAUCAUCAAAAUGCUUUUAGUACUUCGUAAUUAUUAAACUGGAAUUUAUAAAUGGUCUAUAUUAAAUUGGAUAACCACCAAAAAACACAUGCUAAACAGGGUAUGAAUACUCUAUUCAUCAAUAAGUUAUGUUGCCACAAACUGGAAAUAUUUCCUGUUGGAAGUUGUGCAUGACAAAACUGUGUAUCUAUUUUUUAAAAAUAGCAACAUGAAAUUAUGAUAAAUAUCUCACUGGCUGUUCUUCAAAAUGAAACUAUUUAUAUCCAGGAAGGAAGGGAUCAGAUAUGGCAUCAUCACAAACACAGGGAGUUCCUGAUUGUAUGGCUCCGACAGAGCUGCCUCGAGCAAGCAUCAGAUCUGACAGGAGCAUAUGGGCUCCAUGUGGCUGGUUUCAAAGCGCGGUGGUUUCUUGGGUUCUGCAUGCGUUCCUGGGGACUAAGUCUGAGACAAUUCCUCAAAAUCUUCCUUGCAGAGGGGCAACCUCAUUCCCUUCACAAUAUAGUAAGGGCAAAAUUCUGUGGGUGAAAUAAUACGGGAGAAAUUCCUCACCGUUUUCAUUUUCUUUAGUCUCUGUAUUAUUGCAGGAGGGCAUGUUCUGGCCCUUUGUAUGUUUUUGUGAAAAACUGGCAGCACGAAUGGCUGUUGUGAUUGCUCUGCCACAAAACUAAAACCUAGUCCUUUCACUGGCAGACAUUUCAGAGAACAACAUAUCUAACAUUUUCAGUCCUAAUGAAGGCAGACAUCUUUCAGAAAGAAAAUUUCACAUAUAUGCAGAUUAAUGAGAGUCCUAGAUAAAUGCUAGUGUAGUCAAUGCUUUCAUCCUUGGCUUUAUGAUGCUUGUAAUAUUAAUAAUAUAAUUACAGGAGAGACAGGUGGCAAAACCUAUUAUUAAGGUUGCCUGACAUUUCCCAUAGUCAAGGAAGCUAGCUGCUGAGCCCUGCAGCCAAUUGGGAUCGUCCAUCCCAGUAACUAGAAGCAUAUUGAGCCUGACCAAGCUGAGGAGGACAAGCCAUUUCUCCUCCCAUGAGUGGACAUCUGAGGUAGUGAUGUGUAUUUGACUGCUGAAUGCCUAGACUGUUUGGUUUGUGUUUUUUUUUCAUUUUGUCUCGAUCUUGCUCCAGUUCCUUUCUGUUAUGUAAUGUUAUGUAAAUAAAAUGUGAGUAAAUUCAAGGUUUCCAUCCUCCAGACUAAGCAGUGGCAUUAUGGUAGGAAUCCAAGGUGAGAUGAGUUUCUUGUUUGUGUUUUUUUCUUUGCUGUUUAAAGGAUGCUGAAGUAAAUGUGACUUCCAUUUCACCAAGUUAUAAAAAACAUAUUUAAUUUCUUUUUAUAGACUGCACCUCCAACAAAUGGUUGCAGACAAGCAGGCAUAGGCAUGUUGUAGACUACGUUCAUGUCAGCUGGUCUUGUUGGUGCUGCUAUGAGGAUGAACUUUUGUUCAGUCACAGUACUAGCCUGUGCAGUUAAUCUGUUGUUCCAUGCCUGCCUCCACACUGACUCCACAGCAUGGAGAAGUUCACACAAACACGCAAACACUGGAAUAACUUUGUCUUCAAAUCCUUCCUCAAAUGUUCUUUGUAAUGGCGCCCACCAAAACUUUAACAACCGCUGAGCUGCUGGUGAGCUGAGAUUAGGGCUUAUCUCACUGACCUGUGUGGUUUACUUGAACUCCCCUGCCACUGUAGCCAGUUGUUUCUUGUUUUAGGCUUAGAUUGUAAAUUAUCUGUUGUGUGGAUCAUCUUUUUUCUCUAUUUGCUUAGCAUCUGACACAAUAGAAUUUUUGUCUGUAAGUACAGCUCCUAUGUGCUUAUAAUAAUAAUAAUAAAGAUGUUCACCUGGGGAUGAUUUAAGACCAUGCAAUAAAGGGAAUGGAUUCAAGUUGUUUACUAAAAGGAUCUGUUUUCCAAGAACCCUCAUUUCAUUUGUUUCAGCAACUGGAAAGUAGGAGUUGAAGGAAGAGAAAUGAGAUUUAAAGCACUUACUCCCUGGAGCAAUAUGAUUUAUUCAUGUCUUUGUCAUAUAAUGUUUUUGAAAUGCAAUGAUAAAGUAUUUAAACCUGGCUUUUUCACUGGUAGUCAUUAAUACUGCAUUUCUCAUUUUUGGGGUUCUUGACUUCUGCAAUUUGAGCCCAUAUGUCUGAAAUACAGGACUUUUGUGCCUAAAGUUAGAAGCUAUGCUUUGAAUCUAGACAGGGCUAUAUAAUAGUUUAAAAGCUAUUGUCUCAAACUGGUCACUCAAAAUUAAUGAAAUUAAUGUUUCAUUUACUCUCACUAGGUGAGAGACCCCAUAUGGAAAAUUCAGGUGACUCAGUAUUCUAAUUCCCAGAGCUGCUGUAAAGAUAGACAAGUACCUCUAGAACUGUUCCCGCAUUGCUUUGAGAGCUGUAUUAAAGCUGAGGAAGCACUAUAAUAAUGCUCUCUUCAAAGCAAAAAAAUUCAGUAGCGUUCAACAUAUGGCCCCAAGCACUGCACAGUGAAGAAAUGACCACGUUUUGCUGUUUGCUUAGGAGGAACGGUCUGUCUUUUACACAAACAAUAACAUUAGCAAAUGGUCUAAAUCCAGCAUUCCAGCACCCUUAGGGAGCGGGUCAUUCUGUGUAGCAAGGAAGCUCAGGGGCUGGCUGGCCAGAGGCACGUAGUGUGUCUGCGCUACAGAAC